GCGCGGCGACCCCGGACCCCUCCCGCCGCCGGAGCCCGACCUUUACCUGCAGCGGCGGCUCCGAGUCGCCGGGGGUCCAGGCCCGGCUGUCCUCCGAGCUCGCCGGACGCACAGACUGACGGACCGACGAACCGACCGACGCCUGGAUACGGCUACGGCGGGGCCUGUGGGCCACCGCCCUGGAGGUCCGAGCACAGGGCCUGGUGGGGGCGCGAGGGCCGCCAGGGAGGUCGCGACCUCCCGAGCAGGCCGGAGGGGCAGCGUCUUCAGCCGGCGACCCGGCCGCCACCCUGGUUCGGUGCCGCGGGCGCCGCGCGGGCCCUCGCGCUCUCCCGCCUUGCCUCACGGCUUUUGGUCCCUCCCUCUCGCCGUCCUUCUCGCCCUUCCUCCCCCACCGUCCCAUGGUUGUCAGGGCAACCGGAGGGACGCCUGCCCCGGAGGAGAGGCGUUAGGAGCGGCGGCGACCCGCACCGGGGGCUCCGCCUGCGAGGGCCGGGGAGCAGCAGACCAUGGAGCCCCAGAAAAUCACGCCAUCCUCAAAGCCUCAUCCACCUGUUGUGGGCAAAGUGACUCAUCACAGCAUUGAGUUGUACUGGGACCUUGAAAAGAAAGCCAAGCGGCAGGGACCUCAGGAGCAGUGGUUCAGGUUUUCCAUCGAAGAAGAAGACCCCAAAAUGCACACUUACGGUAUCAUUUAUACGGGAUAUGCAACGAAGCACAUAGUUGAAGGUCUGGAACCGAGGACACUGUAUAGAUUUCGACUGAAGGUCACCAGCCCCACGGGAGAAUACGAGUACAGCCCAGUCGUCUCGGUAGCUACAACUAGUCUUUUGAUUAGGAAACGUAAGGUAUACUUACGGGAAGAGCCAGAUGCCUUCUCAGAGGUGAACACGAGCAUCUGCUCAAGGCCACAGGAGGAAUAUGGCUGGAAUGAAUCUUCUUUCAUUAUAUUCUGCAUGACUGCUUUCCGUCUAAUUUCUUCAGGAGAACCCAUAAGUAGCGAACACUUUCAUCGAGCUGUCAAUGUGAAUGAUGAAGAUUUGCUUGUUCGAAUACUUCAAGGAGGGAACGUUAAGGUUGAUGUUCCGGAUAAGUUUGGCUUUACUGCUCUGAUGGUCGCUGCCCAGAAAGGAUACACCAGGCUUGUGAAGAUCCUCGUUUCCAAUGGCACAGAUGUGAAUCUGAAGAAUGGAAGUGGCAAGGACAGUCUCAUGCUGGCAUGCUAUGCGGGACACCUAGAUGUUGUGAAAUAUCUCCGAAGACACGGUGCCUCCUGGGAGACAAGAGACUUGGGGGGCUGCACGGCUCUACACUGGGCUGCAGAUGGCGGCCACUGCAGUGUGAUCGAUUGGAUGAUAAAAGAUGGCUGUGAGGUGGACGUUGUGGAUGCCGGCUCAGGGUGGACACCACUAAUGCGAGUGUCUGCUGUCUCCGGAAGCCAGAAGGUAGCCUCUCUCCUAAUCGAAGCCGGAGCAGAUGUGAACAUGAAAGACAGAGAUGGAAAGACACCUCUCAUGGUGGCUGUGUUAAAUAAUCAUGAAGAGUUAGUUCAGUUACUUCUUGACAAGGGGGCGGAUGCAAGUGUUAAAAAUGAGUUCGGCAAAGGUGUCCUAGAGAUGGCCAGAGUGUUUGACAGACAGAAUGUAGUCUCCUUAUUAGAAGAAAGGAAGAAGCAGCAAAUGCUAAAGAAGCAAAUGCUGAAGAAGUCUCCUGCCUGCUGAUCAAAGCACCAUUUAUCUACAGAAUCCGAGUAAAACAAAGCAAAACAAAACUACUGAACUAGAACUAUGAAAUUCUGCAUCUUGGAGGGUUCUACAUUGGAUUAUUUAUUUAGUUGAAGAUUCAUAGUGACUAUUUUUUGUAACAUAUGACUGUUUCCACUUUGAAAUACAUGUUUUUACCUAA